ACCGUGGCUAUGCAGUAUACACCGUCCAUCUUGGCUCAAGGUAUUGCAGCGUUCUGCUAUUUGCCAUUAUCGGAACAUCCAUUUGUGGGCGUUGAUAUUGCUGCAUAUUUGGACUGUUUAUUACAACAUACCUAACACAUUAUGAUUAAAAUGCGUGUUGGGUAUUAGACAUCCUCCAGACUACGACCUGGGCCGCCUUCUCUCUCGGGACUCUUUUGUUGCAAAUCAAAAAGUGCCAACUGCAGUAAAGUCCUGUUGAUGAUGGAGCUAGUGACAGUAAAGGAAGAGGCUCUAGAUGACGAAAUUAUACUUGUUGAAAUAAAGGAAGAGGGGAUGGAGGUGAAUGAAAAAGAUAUAACCACCAUAUUUGUAAAAGAUGAUGAUGAGGUAAAACACUCGGUAGCAGAUUUACUCAAAGCUCCUUUUGCUCAUCAAAUAUCUCUGCAAUGUUUUGAAUGCAAUGUUGUUUUUAGUGAUUUUAAAGCCAAAGAACAGCAUAUGAAAGAGAUGCACCCUGAAGAAUACCAGGAGUAUUUUACAGCUGAAAUUUCAAUUAUUCAGUGCCGCAUCUGCCAGCGAUCCUUCAGUUCAUCCUGGGAACUUGUAGGUCACCAGUGUGGCCGUGAUGGCCACAAUGACAAAGUUUGCUUCAAGUGCCCAGUGUGUGGGGACCAUUUUGAGAGACCCACAGCUUUCAUAAUGCACAAACGCAGCCAUGUGGGACAGUCAAGGUAUGUGUGCAAAGAAUGUGGGAAAACAUGGAAUACUCUACAGCGACACAUUCUACAUCGGCAGACUCAUAUUGGAGACAGUCCUGGGGUGUGCAGGGAACAGGAGCAAAAACUAAAGCAUCCUAAAUCCCUCAAGAUGGUCAAACAUGAGGAUGCAGAGGAAGAUGAAGACAAAAUUUUGUCUAGCUCAGAGAAAUCUCUGCAGUGUCAUCAGUGCUUCAUGGUGUUCAAAGACCAGGAAACCUCAGAGAGACACAUGCGGCAGAAACAUCCAGCUGAAUAUGUGAAACAACUGCAGGGAAGCACAGUGUUUGCUUGCUUACUAUGUGAUCAGACAUUCCUUUCGUCACUGCAUCUUAUUGCUCACCAGGUGGCACACAGAAAGAGGAAUCUGCCACCUCCCAGCAAUGAGAGUUUGUAUCAGAGAGAUGAGGAGACAGCGAUGGAGGGGGUAUCCCAAGCAGCACAGAAUGCUUCUUCAUCUAACAUUUGUGACAAAUCACUCCAGUGUGGUGAAUGUCGGAUCUUUUUCAGUGAUCUCAAAGCCAAAGAGCUACACUCAAAAGAAGAGCACCCAGUAGAAAAACAGAAAUAUAUUGCAGUCGGAAAUUCACUUUUUAACUGUCAAGUUUGCCUACGCUCCUUCAGCUCUUCCUGGGAACUCCUGGGUCACGAAUGUGGAACUGACAGCCACUGUGAAAAGGUUCAUUUUAAGUGCCCAGUCUGUGCAGACCGCUUUGAGAGGCCCACUGCCUUCAUUAUGCACAAGCGCAGUCAUGUGGGACAGUCACGCUAUGUUUGCACAGAUUGUGGUAAAACAUGGAAAACUCUAAAUAGACUUAUGACUCAUCGCCGCACUCACAAAGGGGAGAGACCCCAUCAGUGUGAGGAAUGUGGGCGCACUUUCAAGCAAUUUAGUGCUCUAGAGAAACACCUUCUAACUCACACUGUUUUGGUAGACAAGGAGACGAGUUCUUCUGUUGCUGUAAGAAAUCAGAAUAAGUCGCUGCAGUGCCUUCAGUGCUUCAUGACAUUCAGAGACUUAGAGACCACAGAAAGACACAUGAGGUUCAAACAUCCACUGGAAUAUGAAAAACGCCUACAAGGAAGCACAGUAUUUGCCUGUUCAGUGUGUGACCAGACAUUUCCCUCAUCUCUACAGCUUAGUGUUCAUCAGCGGACACAUAAAAAAUGGAGCCUACCAUCUAGAGGAAUAGAGGAUGCAGAGAUGGGCGAUGAAGAAGAGGAGAAAGAGGAAGAAUUUAAAUCCCUAUUAGAACAGAAUAUUUCUUCAAAUAAAGAUAACACCAGCACUUCGCAUAAGUGUUUGCACUGCCAUAUCACAUUCAGUAAUCUGAAAACCAAAGAGAGGCACAUGAACACUAAACAUCCUCCAGGUUGCAGUGAAAUUCUACCUCGACCCCCAAAAGGUCAACCCCGGCCUUUCUGCUGUAGUGUCUGUGGUGAGCGGUUUAUUCAAGAAGUUACAUUGCGUGAGCACCUACAGAAGAACCACCCUGGAACUCCAAACUGGCUGGAUCUGUGGUCCUGAUAAUAACUUGAAGAAAGAAAUACAAUAUGGAAGACUUUACAGAGAAAAUAUCUUUUAAUCGUAAAAUAGGGGGCUGCUGGAGAAUACCAAAAGGAAAAUAUACACCUAUCCUUGGGUGGGCUGUUCACAUAUCCACUUAUUUUUACCAAAUCAGAUUCAGUCAUUGUAUUAAAUAAUUUGAUUCUUCCCUCCAACAAAAUUUGUGGAAAAUCCAAUGUCAGUAUUUAGUACUUUGAUAUUAUCCUUUUUACCUUUGUCAUGUACUUUUAAAAUUGUAGCUUAAGUCGAGUUGGUCCCCAUUUAUGAAACACACAGUAGGAAUAUAGACUUGACAUUUGAACUUUCAAAAUUGCUUGCACAGGCUAAAAGGUUUGCACUGGUUUUGUGCUUCAAUGAGACAUACAUCCUCAGAUUUGGGUAAAAUGUAAAAAAAAAAAAACUGAUUUUCAAAUUUAUUGACAUGUACAUAGCAUCAUGAAAUUUGUAGCUGUAUGUGUUCUACAGACUAGUAGCAGUAAUAUUAUACCAGCAACAGACACUAAAUAUAAGCACAGAGGAACUAGCAGUGGAAUUUCAAUCUGCAACCCCCCCUCAAACCAGUUUAGAGGCCAUUGUGAAAUUCAGUUUCAAAAAAUUCUCUCUCUGUGCUAAGGAAACUGCUGACUUAGAGAGUAGCAUAAUGCAAAUGUUAAUUUUAUGUAAUAUAUAUAUACAAUAUAUGGAACACUGGUUUAAUAAAGUGAUUAUUCACCUUGUAAUUGGUGUUCUCAAACGGAUGAUUUUCUUUUUUUGGGGAGAUGGAUGAGAGUGUAGAACCUGAUAAAGUAGUUGCCUUGCAGCAUUUGGAUUGCAGUUCAUUUCUUGUUGGGGUAAUUUCUGUUGAAUAUGCAUUUUCUCUCAUGUCCUCAGAGUAUUGUGAUCUCUGAUUGCUGGUCAAAAACAUGCAAGAAAACAUAGUUAGGUUCACAAGUAUUUGGACAGUGAAACAAUAUUCAUAAUUUUAGCUCUGUAUGCCACUACAGUAGAUUUGAAAUGAAGCAAUCAAAAUGUGAUUGAUGUGUAGACUUUCCACUUUUAAUUCAAGGUGUUAGAGAAAAAAUUUGUAUGAGCCAUUUAGGGAUGACUGUCGUUUUUAUACAUAGUCUCCUAUUUUCAGAGGCUUAAGAGUAUUUGGACAAACUAACAUAAUCAUAAAUUUAAUUAACAUUUUCAGUACUUGGGUGAAACUCCUUUGUAGUCAAUGACUGCCUGAAAUCUGGACCCCAUGGACAUCACCAAAUGCUGGGUUCCUACCUAGGCCUUUACUGUAGUUCUGUGAUUGCUUUUUUAGUGGUCAUUCUGCCUUCAGUUUUGUCUUCAGCAAGUGAACUGCAUGUUCAUAUGGUGUUGAGUUCAAGGGACUGGCUCAACCACUGAAGAAUAUUACACUUGUUUCCCUUGAAAUGUGCUUGGGUUGCUUUUGCAGUAUAUUUUGGAUCAUUGCUCAGCUGUACUGUGACAUGCCAUCUUACCAGUUUUGCAGUAUUUGGCUGAAUCUCAACAAAUAGUAUAGCACUGUACACUUCAGAAUUCAUCCUCCUGCUUUGCUCCCAACCUCUGUCUCUCUUUCUCUCUUCUGCCAACAGUAUUAGCAAUAAACACUAGUGACCUACUCCAUUGUAGCCAUACAUGACCAUGCCGCAAAACUGCUGUUUCACAGAUGAUGUGGUAUUCUUUGUAUCAUGAGCCAUUACUAUCCUUCUCUGUACGAUUCCCAUCAUUCUGGUACAUGUUAACCUUAGUUUUAUAUGUCCAAAGAAUAAUAAGGUCUAUGGCCUUCUUAUUUUUUUAGCUUACCAGUGGUUUGCACCUUGUGGUAAACCCUCUGAAUUGACUUUCUUGAUUGUAGACUUUGAAAGUGACACUCCACUUCCUGGAGAGUGUUCUUGACUUGGCUAGUUGUUGUGAAGUGUUUUUUUCUUCCCAAUUAAACAAUUCUGUACUCCUCCAGUACAGUGGCCAUUGAGGCCUUUUAGUGUUGCUAUUUCUUUAAGAAUGUGCCAAACGGUUGAUGUGGCCACUCCUGUUUUCACUAUCGCUUUAAUGGGUUUGUUUUGUUUUCUCAGCCUUGUGAUGACCUGCUUUACAGCAUUUGCAUUUACAGCUCUUUGGACCUCACAUUGAGCGUUCACUGCAACAGCUUCCAAAUUCAAAUUCCACACUUGUAAUCAGCCAUGGAACAACUUAUCAGUCAAUUGUCCAAUUACUUUAGUCAUUUAAAGAUGAAGGGGCAACAUAUAAACAUUCCUGUAAUAUCUAAACAAAUCACCUAGUUAAAGCUGGCAGUCUGAAAUUUUAGCCCACAUUAAUUAUAUAGCUUCAACUCCAAUAUGUUUUGGUAAAAAAGCUAAUGUCCAGAUACUUGCAGACCUAACUGUAGCUUAGCAAAGCUGAAUUGGCCUAGUACAUGUGCUAAUGCUGUAUACUUAAGUGUUGUCAUGGAUGAUUCCUGCCUCAUGUCUAAUGCUGUCAAGAAAGGCUCGAAAAAAUGGAUUGAUGGAUGGAUUAUGCACUACAUCCUAACACGUUUCAAUGGCCAUAACUAUUACUAACACUUAUGUUACUUUGUUUAACUGACUAUUGGAAUUUCUUUUUCUAAAGAAGAAAUAAGUUUUUUACUUUUGACUCUCAACUUCUUUACCUAGCAGAAGUGCAUUGAGUUAAUUUGUUUCAAAUGUUUAUUUUUAAAUGAGCACUUUUUAUAUGCAUUUUACAGUAUAUGGCAUUUCUAAAAGUGGUGAUUGUUCAGAUUGAGGCCAAACUAAUAUUACUGUUCAGUAUUGUACAAAUUAUUAUAAUUAAUCCCAGUGAUGUGUAGUUUAGGUUGAUUCAGCAGUGGGCAGCAUUGGUCCUGGUGGGCCAGGGUGACUGCAGGUUUUUGUUCCAACCUAGUUCCUUAAUGAGAAAUCAAUUGUUGCUGAUGAAACACUUGAUUGCUCAAGUGACAUUUUGAUGCUUCAUUCUAGUAGUCUUGCUUGUUAAGGUUCCCAACCCUUAAUUGCUUGUUGCAGUCUUAAACAGCAGAAUUCACUGUUUUCAAUGGCUCUUUAUUAGCAAUAAGAUGCAAAUGACAAAGGAGACAGCAGUUCUCUAUCUAACUUGUUUCCAUUUACACCUGUGUGGAUUCAUCAUGCACUGUUGGGUUUACCAAAAUGAAAAAAACGUGACAGACUGAGAAAUAUCCAUUUUUAGGCUUCAAAACAUUUGAAUGAUUUCCUUGGAAAUAAACAAAAUCUAUGACAUGAGAACAUUACUUUGCAGAUUAACAAGCCAUUAAAUUAAAUAAGGUCUGAGACUGGCAAGGACUGGUUUCUAAUUAAGCAGUUGGGUUGGAUCAAAAAGCUGUAGCUACUGUGAUCUUCCAAGACUGCAGUUGCCCAACCCUGGAUUGACUGGAGACUCUAAAUCUAUCCUAUAUGAGUAAGUUUGAGUAUUUGAGGGAAUGUUACCUGUGAUAAGGCUGGUGCCUUAUCUAGAGUUGGAUGCUGCAGUGCCAGGCUAUGGCACCCUACCACCCAGUAUUAGAAUAAGGUUCUUAAAAUGAAUUCAGACCAUUGAUAUUUGUAAUAUGAAAUAACUUAUAAUUAGUAAUAGUUUCAUACUCUAGUGUUUGUCUAGGUUCUGUGAAUAGAAAAGCCUAUUUUACUGAGGUUAGAUCCUGUUGUGUGUUAGAGAUGUUCCCCUGUACUGUACAUGCAAAGUGAUUCCCUGCAGUCUUAAGUUACUACUCUAGGUAGACGGCCAGGUGUCUUGUGCUGGAAAAAAGUGACUUGUGUUCCAAUUCUGUGGCAGGAGAAAAUAAUAUGUUGUCUUUGUUUUAAUAAAAAGUAAAUGAAUAAGUAAAA